CAACGUUUCGAGAAUUCCCUUUGCUACCGCAACGCUAAAACCCUAACAAAACCAUACAAAUUGAAACGUUUACUUCGUUUGGUUGAAUCCGAGAAAGCGCUUAAACCAACGCAAUGGAAGAAGAAUUACUACUUGCAUCGUCCUCAAUUGACGGCGGCAUCGGUUGCUGGGACCUCCAAACAGGCGCCGAGCACCUCCGCUAUAAAUCAUGCGCCUCUCCCCCCCACGGACUUACCUGCGUAGGUUCUCGCUUCCUUGCCGCUUCUCAGCUGCGCGACUCUCACGCAUCGUCAGGCUCCAUUGUUUACUGGUCCUGGUCAAAGCCUCAAGUUGAGGUAAAGUGCUUCCCUGAAGAGCCUAUAAAACCGCUUGUUGCUAAUAAAGAAGGCACUUAUAUUAUUGGCGGAGGAAUAUCCGGGCAUAUCUACAUUUGGGAGGUAAAAUUUUCAACAGUUGCAACUGGUAGAUUGCUUAAGAAAUGGCGUGCUCAUUACAGGGCUGUCACGUGUUUAGUUUUUACCGAGGAUGAUUCUUUUCUGGUUUCUGGUUCAGAGGAUGGUUCUGUUAGAGUUUGGUCACUUCUCAUGAUGUUUGAUGAGUAUCAAACGGAGCAGGCUAGCCAGCUCUAUGAGCACAGCUUUUCAGAGCAUACUUUACGUGUAACUGAUGUAGUCACAGGUUAUGGAGGAGGCAACGCAAUUAUUGUUUCAGCUUCUGACGAUCGAACUUGUAAGGUGUGGAGCUUGUCCAAGGGGAAUUUAUUGAGAAACAUUGUAUUUCCCUCAAUAAUUGAUUCACUUGCUUUAGACCCUGGUGAAAAUGUCUUCUAUGCUGGCUGUAGAGAUGGCAACAUAUACAUUGCUGCACUCAAUGCUGACAGUUCCUCUACCAAAAGUCAUUGGUUGCAUAUAAUUGGUUCAUUAUCUAGUCACAGUAAGCCUGUUACUUGCUUAGCAUAUAGUGCAAAUGGAAAUUUAUUGCUGGCUGGAUCAGAGGAUGGCAUUAUUCGAGUUUGGGAUCCUAGAAGCCAUAAUAUUGUUCGGACCUUUAAACAUGCAAAAGGUCCUGUGAACAACAUUCAAAUUGUUAAACGGCCACAUUACCUAAAUCCUCGUGCAUCAUCUAUUGUGCAAGCUUCCUCAAGAAGGCACGGAUCAUCUUUACCUCCACCGCUGGACAAAUAUGUCAAUUCAACAGACAAAAGUAUAGGAUCUACGGCAGUCGUUAGACUCCAGGAUACAUGUAACAAUCCUCUGGAUGUUUCAUAUGUCAGCUAUCAAGUGAUUGCUAAUCAGAUCAAAGAGCUACAGCAACAAGGUUCUGCUGCUGCAGCUGAAAUGGAAGUGGAGAGACUAAAGCUAGAUUGCGCACAGUAUAUGCAAAUGCUUCAGAAAUGGAAAAAAAUGUAUGACAACUUGCACCAAUUGUGCGUAAAUGAGUUAUUGGAGGGGGAUAAUGUGAUAAAGAACAAUCAAAAUAUAAUCUGAGGCUACUUGUUUUUCUUUCCCAAGUUGCUUCACAGAUUUUGGAUGUACAUUUAAGUAUGAUUGAGCGAAUUGAUCUUGACUUCCACAUAUUCUCACUUAUGCGUCUUAUUUUGUAAUUUUUCAGAAAAUCUUGGUAAACGCAUUGUGUAACCGCCCUAAGAUAUAGGGUCAUUUUUGUGAGCGAGGUUAUUAAUUCACAAGUUUGUGCUUUGUAACUUGCUGUUUAACAAGUAUUGGACAUUUUAUUGCUGUAA